AUGGCUGCCACAAAGGCCAGCACCUCGCGCUCUGCAAGAAGCCUUCAUUUGCACAUCAUUGCGCCUUCUCCAUAUGGCUGGAUGGUCUUGAUUUCUGACUGGACAUGGCCCUCGCCUAUGUCCACGAAGAAACGCUCAUGGUGGAGCUCGGAUGAAUUUGGAAAGUACCGCGCAUCGGCGUUUGAAUGGCCAUGGGGCUGGGUCAAGACGGAGGGACUCAGAGUAGCAAGACUUGAAGAUAGCACUCUUUUUAAAAAGUCUCUUCCAGUCGAUCUGCAACUUAUUAUCAAUGAUUAA